ACUUGUUUUAUUAUGAGAUCAACCUGAAGCAAUCUUUGUAACAUUUAGAGGAGCAAUAUAUCGAAAUAUUUUGUUUAUUUAUUAUCUCUUUUUACACGAUUUAUUAAAAAAUUCUCUACGUUGACAUGUUGGGAAAGAUUAAAACAAAACAAGAAAAAGGAGAAAUUAUUGCGUACAGUGAGACAGCUGUUAUGAACAAUGCUGCUGUUGUUGAAUAUUGCAGAAUAUCUAUGGCAGCGUUAUCAGGAGGUACAGCUGGAUUAUUAGGUUUAACUGGACUAUAUGGUUUUGGUUUUUAUAUUUUUGCAGUUUUUGGAUUAUGGGCGAUGUUACUUUUAAAAGCUGGAGGACAAUGGAAAAAAUACUUUAUUAGUAGAAGAAACCUUUUAACCAGUGGAUUUUUUGGAGGACUUUUUACAUACGUAUUAUUUUGGACUUUCCUAUAUGGUAUGGUUCAUGUCUACUGAAAAAAGAUAUAUUAAAUAUACAUAUUUUAUAAUGAAAUGAUUGAAUAACAAUAUGAUAGAUCGUUAAAGAUAAUAUAUGUACAUAGCCAAGUUAGAAAUAUUGCUGAAAGCAUAACAAAAUAUUACGUGAUAAAUUAUGAACUUUGGCACUUGUAUAAAACAAAUUUGUAAAGUAAUAACACUGAUUUUCUUUACAUUCCACAUUAAAGUAAUGAAAAGUUAAAAAAGUAGAAAGAGAAUUACAGUAAAA